CCCUAGGGUUAGGGUUUGGCGAGCGAGGAGGCAGCGGGCGAACGAAAGAGAGGCAAGAAGCUCCAACGAACACUGAAAUGGUGAAAUUCUUGAAACCAAACAAGGCUGUGAUCCUUCUCCAAGGCCGGUUCGCUGGCCGGAAGGCCGUUAUCGUCCGCUCCUUUGAUGACGGCACUCGCGACCGCCCCUACGGCCACUGCCUCGUCGCCGGCAUAUCGAAGUACCCGAAGAAGGUGAUUCGCAAGGACUCGGCCAAGAAGACUGCCAAGAAGUCUCGCGUGAAGGCGUUCGUGAAGCUCGUGAACUACAACCACAUCAUGCCCACUCGCUACACUCUCGACGUCGAUCUCAAGGACGUGGUCUCUCUGGAUGCGCUGCAAUCGCGCGACAAGAAGGUCACGACCGCGAAGGAGAUCAAGGCUCGGUUCGAGGAGCGGUUCAAGUCCGGCAAGAACCGGUGGUUCUUCUCCAAGCUACGGUUUUGAAACUUAUAUUGAUUUGAUUCUGGUCCUACUGUUAUCUUUUUGGGUUUUUCAGUAUUCGGAUUUGGGAUUUCAAUAUUAGUUUUGGUGAAAUAUUGACGUUUAAAAUUUUCAAUUGUUAGAUGUGAUUUAAAGGUUAAUUUUCGUUAUUAUUCAA